UCUCGACGUGCUUUUCAGAAAAUUUGAAUUCUUCUCAAUUUUUUCAACGAGUUGAGAGCGUGUCAAGCGUUUAUGUUCCGUGCAGUAUCGACGCGGAUCACAACCAGGGACGUUCGUAUGAGGAUUCUUGGUCGAAUCCAUGCGGAUCCACACUCGUGACAGCGGAAACAAGCGUUAGUGUCACAGUGCCUUCUACAAGUCUUGGGAUGUCAUCCCAAGACGAGUUCGUCACUUCUAGAGGUCACGUCGGUCUCGGCCAUGCUCCUACUGAUAAGUAUCUUCACGGACAGAAGCACGACAGGGAUCUUCAUGAUCCAUCGUCUACGGCUACUUGGUUUGUGAACACUGAGAAAGAGACGUCGUCAGUGGUGUCUUCCGUACCUGCGAACCAAGGCCUUGAGGUUUUCGGAAGUCGUCUUCUUGAGAAAUCUACUUCGCAACCUCGACCUGUGGAUCAUAAUUCGGUGCAGGUACUACAGCAUACUCCGGAAUUUUCUGCUUCAUCUGCCCAGCAGGUGCACUUCGACUUCCAAGCUGGUGCGCUUGCUACUUCAGACGAGGCAAGAGCAACAUUCGAUAUACAACAACACGAAGCGAACCUCCAUUCGUUCUGCGUGGAGGAGGCGAACGACCAAGAUCAGCGUGGAGGUGGAGAUCCUUUCUAUUACAACAACGUCGUUGCGCUUGCUGGAGGAGGAGUACCAGCAGAAGCAUCAAUGAAAGAGUGGGAAUGUUGGGCAGAACAUCAGGCACAAUAAGCGGGGGAAGGGAUGAUCUUCGCUGAAGGCGUCUUUCGAGCAUUAGGCGGUCGCGUACUUGAAAAGUCUCCAAGAAAUGAGGCGCAGUCGCAGAUAGAAGUAGAGCAUUCUUGGACCACUAUGAAAGAGAUGGAUCAUUGGACAAGGACGGCGCCAUUUCCACCUUUAGUUCUGACGCGCCCUCAACACAUUAUAGAACCUCUACUACAUCAACCUCAAGCUUCCCAUCCCCAAGGAGCCGAGGCGGCAAGCAUGACACCAGACCAGCUUCAACAAGGGCCUCCGGCUGCCCCUGCACUACAAUUUGGUGUGGGGACGAAUUCGUCUGGGUCUUGCGAUGCUGCUUUUCCUCCACGACCAUCUUUGGAGAAGCAACUGAAUCCCUACGGGACAAGUUUUCAUCCAUCGAUGCCUCUGGCUCCUGCCCUUCAUCCUCCCCAUCCAUGGACGCCAAAGGAGCCAUCUGUCGCACCAUUUACUUCCCCACCCUCUUGGAGUCGAGAUAUACUCCGAGCCUUUGCCGGCAAAACUUUUCGGGUGCAGGGUGUGAAGCAAAACAGAGAAGUGACAAAGAGUUCAAAUUUUCCGACUGGUGCACACUCAAUCGAUGUCGCUGAGGAUGACGGCACCGUUGUUAUUGGCGAGGUAAUAGAAUCCCAAACUGGGUUUGUUGGUUGUGAGGUACGACGAUUCGAUAUAAAAUGUUCAGAAAGAAGACCUUCUUUGUAUUUGACAAUACUCGGUCCUAAAAUUGAUCCUCAUUCCCCUGUUACUAGGCUUAGAAAUGAUGACAACUUAAUCAGCGAUCCAACCAUUGCCAUCCCUACUUCCUCUACUUUAUGUUUAUCUUCAAGCUCAAAAAUGAAUACUCCAUCUAGUACUACUAGUAGUUCGAAAAGUUCUACAAAUUUUAGUAGUGCAGGACCUUUCGCUCCUGGGUGGACUUGUCCAUCUUCUAGUAGUAGUAGUACAGGUAAAAUUGAAAUGUUCGAACCUUCUACUUCUUAUUCUUCUAAUGUUGUACCAGGUACUUCUGCUUCUAAUGUACCAGAUACUAGCAGUCGUACUUUGACUCUGUGUUGUGGACAUUUUGAGAGUGAAGACUUCACGCCAGGUGAAAAAGUCACCUGGAGAAAUAUUGAUGAAAACCCUCUGCGCCACAGGGGGAUAGUUGUGUGGGAGCUCUACGAGUGAAGGAUUUUCAAUAUUGCCACGGCUGUAGUCGAUCAUUUUUGAUCACAAUAAUCAAUGCGCUGCAUAGCUGUUCCUCAUCUUACGCCGCUAAUACCGGACAUCGACAUUUCCUUUUGCUCGUUUUUGAAUUCGAUUGAGAU